ACGCUGGGAUACAGCCCCCUCCCUAACCCAGAAGACCGAGCGAGGCGGAGUAAGAGGGGCGGGUACCUCCGCGGUAGCACGUAACCCGAGGUGGGACUUACCACGGGCGCGCUGGCCAAUGGGCGCGCAGUAUGCAUAUGACCCUGAUUCAAAUCGGGCCGCUCGGCCACGCCUGUUGGAAGAGAACCUCUCUUUGCCCCCGCGAAGCAGAGAGCGGGGCGCUGAACCUCCCGGGGAACCCAGGAGUCCGAGCGCAUCUUCGUCUACCUCGCCUCCUUUGGGCGCUCUGCUCAUUCAACGCAGCAGAUCCCUGCACGGCACGGACUGGUCCCCCCCCCCCCAAGGUUAGCUAGUCUAGCUGCAGCCCAGCAAGAUAGCAAGAAAAGCAUAGUUUGGGGCUUGCAUAUCCGCAGCAUAAUCCCCCCAGUUAGUUCCUGUGUUCUCUCAAGGGGCGGAGAGGAUGUCCUACACGGGGUUGGGAUGCAGAGGUGCAUUGACAUUCAGACGAGACGAGAGAGAGAGAAAGGAGCGAAGCGGGAGCUUUGGCAGGAUUCGAGCACGGGCGAGACUUUGCUUCCCAUUCUAAGGUUGUUUUGUGCACUGCAGCAAGGCUCGGCCGGACUCCUGGGUUCUACAGGGGAUCCCAGCUCUCUUAGUUAGAGCUGACUUUGCAGCACGCGCAAGUUCUUCCGCGUCCCUUUUCCUAAAUGCAGACUUAAAUAACAGUAAUAGUUGAAACGUGCCGCCGUGAAGAGGGAGACCUUUGGAGCUCGGAUGGUCAACGACACCCACGUGAGAGGCGGCGAGUCCAGCCAGAAGACCGCUGGCUCAGCUGAGGAGCGAAGGUCAGGGUUGGAGAGCGGCGGGGAAGAGAGGGGCAAAGGCCAGGGCAAAGGGCGGCGGGCUCUGGGGAAGGAAGGCAGACCCUCCCCAUGACCUUCCUGUUUGCAAUCUACUCCUGCUCCCGCCCUGCUUACUAAAUAGCCUUUGCUUUUGAAGAAAAGAAAUCCACACCUUCCUCCUCUUCCAACAUCUCCCUGAAUUCCUAACCCCCACCGGAUCCCUCUCCCGCGCUCUCCUCUUCGGGGACCCAGGCGUCCGGGGGGCGCCUCCCAGCCUGCUUCCCUUACCUGGGCUGCCCCAGUGCCCUCUGGGACAGGCCCAUACUCCAUGGAGCUGUAGAUAUCGGGCACUGAAGGGGCCCCACGCCUGCCGCCGCCUCCCGCCGCUGCUGCUGAGCCAGCCAUGGGCACUAGUUGGGCUGCUUCCCCCUUGGCAGUUGGACUAAGCACCAGCCAGGCUAAACAUUCAGCCACCCGCCCCCUUUAGGGCGGCACUUCCGGACUCCUGGCUUCCAUAGAGACUGAGAGGUGGAGAGAAGGGACGCAUUGGCACCAUAGAGAUGGAGAGGGAAGAGGUAUAUUGCUAUCACAGAGCUGGGGGGGGGGAAGAGAAAAAGUCUUUGUAACCUUUUAAGAAUUCUUAUAAACUUUCAUGACUACAGACGAGGCUUCCUGGUUACUUUUUAUUUUGUUUACCAGAAAAUGAAAUGCAUAACAAGGAAAACCCUCCAACAUUGAGGUUGCAUCUUCUUGGUUACUUUUGAAAGCUGUUUUGUUUGCUAGUUGGGACUAUAAAUAUCAGCUAACCUUCGGAAUCAACAGCUAAAUCCAGGAUUUUGGCGUGAAUGGGAUUGAUUGGCCAGAGGCUAUUGCCUUACCCUUCCCCACCCCCUGCCCCCCACUCCAAGAGAAGAAAAACCAGAGCUCAGCCUUACAGAGAAAUCCAAGGUUCCCUGGUAAAUGUGUAUAGGAUUUAACCUUUAUUAUCUCAACACUGCAGGUUACAGGGGAGGAACUGAGAGAUAGAGAGGAGCCUGCAAUGUAUUCUAAGAUUCUUACAUACUUAGGAACAUAUACCAAAGCCUGGCUAUUGGUGUAGUUGAAGAAUCUGGUUUGUUAUAUAAAUGGUGUUUUAUAUUAAAAUGCUUGCAUUGCCCCAACAGCAUUUAAGGAAAUAACCCCCCCCCCAGUAUUAGCAUUAAAACAAAAUAAAUUAAACGCAACAACAAAUUGCUGCUCUUCCAUGACACCAAAAGCUCACUCUUGUCUAAUAGCGCGCCCAGCCCCGCAUUAAUCCAAAGGACAACCCCGAAUCUAACCGGAUGUUUGAGACGCUAGUCUAACAUUUGUCUGACCUCGCGUCCUUAACUCUAUGGAGUUCCUGCAUCCUCAAUACAGAGCGCAGAGAUAGGAAGCCUAUGAGAAAGAGGCAAAGAGAACUCGACUUCCGGUCCCGCUUCUCCGCAAAUCGAACCUUCUGGCGCCCGCGCGUGUCGUCGCUUCCUUCGCCUCGGAGCCGACGACAGACAGAUAUAUAAACUAGCAACGAUACCAAGGUAAACAUGACCCUGGAAGCUAUGAUUUUUGAAAAUCGUUAUUUAUAGAUCAUGUGCAUGGGACUUGGGAAGAGGAGUGGCAUUAAAGUUCAUGGCGUAUAGAGAGGCAAGUAUUUCUCUCUCUCCCCCCCCCGCACUUCCAGUCCGUUGCUGUAACCAUUAGGCACUAUUUCCUCCCGUCCUUUUCUCGGUAGUCAGUACAGCUAAGGUCGGGAGUCGUUGCCAUAGCAACAACGGAAGUUUGAUCCGUUGAUUGGAAAGGAAGUUCGAUUUGGCAGCGGCAGGUGCGGGAUCUUGAUUCCUGGAAGGGGAGAUCUUAAAAGGGCCCCCCCCCUUUUUUAUUUUUGGAGACAGCAAAGCGUGAAGCUGAGAUAUCACGAGCUUGUAUUCAAACCCAGCUUCAGCCAAGUAGCCUUGGUAGCCCUACUUCACAGGGUUGUUUUCUUGAGGAUGAAGUGGAGAGUUGAGAAAACGUCAUCUCCUUGCGCUGGUCUCCUUGGAGGGAGGGUGUAGCAGCAAGUCUGGGGGGGGGGGAGCAGUGAGUUGGGACCCUUGAGGCUUGAUUUUGGUUUAGGGUGUGUGUUAAAGUUAAAUCUUAAAAGUUAAGUCUUUCAGCAGAGAAAAUUUUAUUGAAUUAGAUGCCUGCAAUAUGGAAAUUAUCAACAGGACAACGGAAAUGGUUUUUCCGUGCCCUAAUGGCGGCCAAGAGAUUGAUAUUGAGGUUUUUUUGGGGGGGGGGAAUAAAAUAUAUGAUACCUUUCAAUCAAUGGGCUGAUGAUAUGAUAUCACUGGCAGUUUAUGAGCGGAACUGCUUACAGCAGCAGACCCUGUAUGGAUAACCAUAAUAACAUUUGGAAUGAGUUUAUACAAAAUGUAGUAAGCUAUUAGCAUUUCCAUAAGCACUAGGACAAUAACAAUAACACUAUACCAAUUUAUACAAGAACGUAUAUCAUAUAUUGCUUUUGGGGGUAUAUUUUCGUUUUUAUAUGUAUCUUUGCUGAUGUUUUUCUCCUCACAUUUCCUUCUUUUUUCCUGUAUCACUUUAUUUCUUUUAACUGAAAUCACCUUUAUAAAAUAUAAAUAUUAAACUCUGCAGGGUCCAGCUAGCACCACCAUGGCAUCUGUAGCUGACACAUCCCUGUUAUCAGCCGAGCUGCAGGAGGAGGAGGAAGAGAAGGAGUUCCAACGUCUUCUACUCCAGGUCUGCAUGAAGGCCUGUGGUGGGGGUGGGGAGGAAAAAUUGGGGAGCGGGGACCAUGUGUAGCUGAUGGACUCUCCUCUAGGCCCCAUCUGCACUAUGCAUUUAAAGCUGUUUCAUACCACAUUAAACAGCCAUGGUCCCCUACACCCCCGAUUCCUGGGAAGUAUAGUCUGUUAAGGUUGCUGAGAGUUGUUAGGAGACCUCUGUUCCCCUCAUAGAGCUACAAUUCUCAGAUGAUUUAAUAACCAGCUCUUAUUCCCAGGGAACUCAGAAUUGUAGCUUUGUGAGGGAAAGGGGGGUGUCGCCUAACAACUCUCAGCAUCCCUUAACAAACUACAGUUCCCAGGAUUGUUUUGGGGAAGCCGUGACUGUUUAAAGUUGGUAUAAUACUGCUUCAAAUUUAUAAUGGAGUUCAAUUAAGCUGACCUGAGAAACACAAAGUGAAAAGACCUUUUGGGUUGAAUGUUGAUGAAUGUGAUAUGAAGGGUUGGGAUCAGGGAAGGACAUGGGGCUCUUGGAAUGUCUGAUUCCAGAUGUAAGAGGCUGCAGCCUUUCAUCUCGGAAAGAAAUGGGAUCGGUAUAAGUAAUAAUAAUAAAUAAAUAAAUAAUAAUAAAUAAUAAUAAUUAAUAAUUUAUUAUUUAUACCCUACCCAUCUGGCUGAGUUUCCCCAGCCACUCUGGGUGGCUCCCAAGAGAAUAUUAAAAGCACAAUAAAACAUCAAACAUAAAAAAUUUCUCCAAAGUCUGAGUUGUGUAGCUGUGUCAUAAAUUUAUCUCUGCCUCUUAGGCAACCCAGAAAAUCCAGAGCUUCAUGCCCUCUCCGGCAGAAUCCAAGCCUAUCCGUCCACUCCCAGGUAAAGAACAAAAGGAAUUGUGAAGGUUUCUAAAUGAACUUUUUUCUAAACUGGGUAUAUGCUUGGGCAGUCAAAUGGCAAAUGCCUUUCAUUGCAAACAAGGGCAUAGUGAUGCAAGCUGGGGCGCAAAAUAAUAAUAAUCUAAAUUUCACAUAUAAGCUUAUGGGGUGGCUAACCAGGAUGAGAUGUUUGGGUCGUAGUGGGUAGCUCGAUGGAGAAGCUGAUCCAUUGUGCAACAUCUGUGAAAAAGGCAAAUGCCACACUGGGGAUCAUUAGGCAAGGAAUUGAAAAUAAAACUGUCAAUAUCAUAAUGCUGUUAUACAAAUCUGUGGUGUGACCACGCUUGGACUAUUAUGUACAUAUGUGCUAUUUAUACAGCCAUCUCAUCUCAAAAAGGAUAUUGCAGAGCUGGGAAAAGUUCAGAAAAGGCCAUCAAAAUUAUCAAAGGGGUAGACCAACUCCCCUUUAAGGAAAGGGUGCAACAUUUGGGGCUUUCUAGUUUAGAGAGAAAGGGUGAGAAAGCAGGGAGAUGGUAGAGGUGUAUAAAAUUAUAUAAAGAGCAGAAAGAGAAGCUUUUCUCCCUGUCUCAUAUAACCAGAAAAGCAAAGAUCUUGGGAUUACAGGGGAGUGGGGUGGAUGUUAGAGGUGCAAUGGGGAGACAGGGUGAAAGUGGUCCAUGGCCGGCAAAAGCAGAUUCCCUAGUUGUUUAGAGAAACCUGCAAAUCUAUGACUUGCUUCUCUCAUCCUUCCCAGGAUUCUGCCUUAAAACCCGCACAAGUUCCGGUGAGAAGGUCUUCGUGAAUGUCUGCCGGUCUCCCCACAUCCCCUCACCUCCUGACCUGACCAACGAAGAGCUUGCCUGCCUCAUUGAGUCGGAGAAUGCCUCCACCUUCAGGAUCCCCAUGAGCUUGGGAGAGCCCCACGCGGAAGUGGACAAGAGUGAGCAUCCGCCUCAUUGGUGCUGAGAGGAUGGGCUAGCCGUGAAAUGAGUUGCUAAAUCUUAAGGAAAACCAAGGCUGGAGCACGUGCUUCUACAGAGCCAGCCAGGUCUUGGUGGACAUUUUGGUCCUUCUGCCUAAGAGAGCUGUCUGAGUAGCACAAGGAGUAAGGAACUUGGUCACCUAAAUCCCUGGCUCAAUCCCUCUCAUCAUUUGAAGGACACUCCUACUACUACAGUGGACACUCGGGUUGUGAACGUGAGCCGUGCGGGAGGCACAUUCGCAACCCACAGCGCCACGUCUGCGCACGCACAGGUUGCAAUUCGGCGCUUCUGCGCAUGUGCAAAGCGUGAUCUAGCGCUUCUGCGCAUGCGUGAGCACUGAAACUUGGAAGUAACCCGGGUACUUCUGGGUUCGGCGUGGUGCGCAACCCAAAAACGUGCAACCUGAAGCGUCUGUAACCCGAGGUAUGACUGUUCUACUACUAUUUAUUUAUUUAUAAUUUAUAUACUCCCCUAUACCCACAGAUCUCAGGACAGUUUAUAGGAUAAAAACACAGACUACAUAAUCAAAAUAAAAACAAACACCUGAGUAACCCCCCUCCCCCCAUUUUAAAAAGGCAUCGGAUGACAAUCGACCAACGGCCUGGUUAAAGAGGAACGUUUUUGCCUAGAAAUCAAUUGGCAUCCAAAACAUACUUGCUCCCUUUUUAUUUUUAUACGGAUGAUCCAUUUUUUGCGUAGCUCACAGAAACAGAAACUUGCAGACGAAUGCAGCUUUGUGGAGGGGGAAAGUUCAAAUGUUUUUAAGAAAGCAUUGAUUUGUACCCCCCCCGGCUCAAGAGAGAGAAACACACCUGAUCUCUUUGUUUUUCCUCGUGGGGAUGUCUCUGCAUAAGAGCGUCUCCCAAGUGAGGUGGUGCAGUGUGGACUCAGCCCUUGAAGGGCAACUGUGAAACCAAGGCUCCUUCUGCCUUGGAGGUUUUAGGAAUAGCCCCCUCUUCUGUAGAAGUGGCCUGACCCUUCUUUCUUCUUUCCCAGGUGGCAAUGCUUGCACCGUCUAUGACGUUUCCAUCAGCACCACCUUUUACAACAAGAUGGAGGUGAGUUGCCUUUUUGAAAGGGAGCCUUUGCGUCCCAAACGGCUUCUCCUGUUCCGCUCAGGGGCAGAAUUCCUGCUGUGUCCAUGGCAGGCAGGAACCUCUCUUUCCCAAAACCACCUGGGUGCUGUUUGCUGUGCCAGAGUAGGGGGAUGAUGUUGGGAGACAGGGGCAUAAGGUUACCAGAUGUCCCCAUUUCCUGGGGACAGUCCCUGGAUUUACAAAUCAGUCCCCAUACAAAAUCCAUUGAAGUUCCCCGGAUUCAUUGGAAAAAAUCUGGUAACAUAAUAAUAAUAAUAAUAAUAAUAAUAAUAAUAAUUUAUUAUUUAUACCCCACCCAUCUGGCUGGGCUUCCCCAGCCACUCUGGGCAGCUUCCAACAAAAUAUUAAAAUACAGUAAUGCAUCAAACAUUAAAAGCUUCCCUAAGUUUACUCCUGCAAGUUUACACCUGCAAGGUAGGCAGGUGAGCCUCUUUAGUGUAUCUUUGGCUGCUUAUGCCAUGAAUGGAUGCAUCCCUUCCUCCGCACCAUCUCCCCAAAUCGGUAUGUGUCUGAAUAUCAGUUUCCAGCAAUCACAAGUGAUGAGCUCUGUUAUACUUGGCCCUUGCUUGAGGGCUUCCCAUAGCUGUCAUGAGCUGGACUAGGUGGGCCUGUGGCCCAAUUCAGCUGGACUUUUUAUUUUCAUAAUCACAAGGCCUUGGGACUUCCUACAUAUGCAUGCAGUUGGGUGGCAGUUACUUCAUUGUGGAGUAAUCCAUGUGCUGAGAGAAGGGAACCUAACCUUCUCCGCACUCCCAUCUCUCUCUGUUUUCCCUCGCUGCCUCAAGAACAACGACUUCCUCAAAGAGUUCUUCAUCACAAUCGCCAUGGAAGGAUUGUCGGAGAAAUACAAGAUGGAUGUCAACAACCAAGGUACGGGUGUUGGUGCCGGGAGGCAACAGGCCCCCCUCUUGGGGCCAAUCCUGAGGUAACAUUUCCCCUCCUUGUGGGGGGGCAUACCCUUGAAAGAAAAGCGACCUUGGUUUGGGAGACUUUUAACAUCCGUUCUGGGUGCUUCCAUCCCUUUGGGGCUGGGCCAGAGCCUUUUACCCCUGCAGCCAAGCUAACAAGGCUGCUUGCGCCCCUUUCCAGAAUGGCGGAUUCUGAAGAACAGGAAGUUUAUGGGCUCCAUAGCCGAGCAGACCAUCCGCACCAAAUCCAAGCCUUUCAUCCAAGAGAUGGAUAGCAGGUACGUUGGACACAGAAGGUCCUCUACCGGGAGUCCUCCUACCCGGACCUCUAAGAGUUGUGGGACUACCAAGAGGGGUCCCCCUCUGCUCAUCUUAACACCCAAGAGGGUGCUGCUAAAUUGGGAUGAUACAUGUCAUUCAUCUGGUGAAGUGGGCUCUAGUGCCCUGCAAGAUUAGUUAAAUUUUCAGGGGCCUUGAGACACUUCAUUUUUCUGCAAUGGACUAGUAUUGGGGUAAGCUUAUCUCCUCCUCCUCUUAGCAUGAGAAUCACUGGCUGCCAUUGGACCAUCUGGAUGAAUUAGGAGAGUCUUCCCCAAUCUGGUGCCCUCUAGAUGCUGUUAGAUUACAGUUCCCAUCAUCCUUGACUAUCGGCCAUGUUGGCUGGGGCUGAUGGGAGCUGGAGUCCAAGUUGAGGGUAGUGGAGUUAGGAGAGAUCUUUCCAGUGAGCGGCUGCUAUAUGGAAAUGUUAGCAUGGGAGGGGCUUGUAACACAUGAGGGGCGGCAGAGGGAGAAUUAAGUCAUUUCAAUUGUUAGCAUUCUACGGCAUCUUGUCAGCUGAAGCAGAAACCAAUCUCUGGGGCCUGUUAAAAGUGUUUGGGACUCUGGACAGAGCAGAGAGAGCUGUUGGCCCAGACUUGAAUGGGGACUUGGUACAACUGUAGUAGUCAGAUCAAUACUUCCUUCUUCAUUUUUACAAGGCGUUUGUCUCUUUCUGCAGCCAAGUCAAGGAGGAAGGCAGGAACCUUUUGCAGCCAUCUGCGUCACAGAGGUACGGUGUGGUUGGGAUGGGAGGGACUGUACAGUGAGGAUGGGGGUCAGGGUAAUGGAGGAAUGGAAUGACCCGUGAUCUCAAAUAUGGUCUGCUAUGAUAGGUUGGACUGGUGCAAUGCAUUGCUCAUGGGGCAGUCCUCUGAAGACUGGCCAGAAACUGCCACUAGUACAAGCCCAAGAAACCCCUCUGGACUGCUCGGUUGUACCAGGCAUUUAAGAGCAACCAGGAGUGAUGUUUUGAGUAUGCUACCUGGGUGUCAAAUUGGGUCUGCAAACACACAGAGGCAUUCUGAAUAGCUGCCCUUAAGUGUUAGAGUUUUCUGCCCUUGGAGACUUGGCAAAGCCCUAGCCUUUGCAUCUCCCAGAAGUACAAUAAAGCAAGUUUAUUUAAACUGGCCGAUAGUGGCCAGAAUAGGACUCUGUCGUCAGCCGCCCAUAGUGCAGGUUGUAUGUCUAAUGAAUUAAAUAAAGUUCAGUUAGAUCGGGCAGGAUAUUGUGUGUCAGAAGCCCACAGUUGCAUUUCUGACUUGGCUCUUUAAUCUAUUAACAUGUUGCCUGUCCCUGUUUUUAUGAGUUGGCAAUAUCUGAUUCCAACUGAGUGUUUUUAUCAUGACACUCCUCCCCCCCCUUCUCCCUUGCUGAUUCUGUUGUGCUUCAUUCCGUAGCUCGGCCACAGUUCCUCAAUUCACCAUAGUUGCUGAGCCAUCUAUCAGCCACCCUGACCAUCUGGUCGCGAAAAUCAGCCUCCCUAAAAUGGUAAUUUGGCAUGCGGUUUGUAGGGUGGUGUCUUGGGUGCUCUGGUCCCCAAGCUGGGGAAAUAGCAAUAAAAUUGUAUUUUUUUCAGUGUUUCUUUGUUCUCCCACCCUAAUCAGACCUCAGUAAGAUCUCUCGAGCUGGACCUGGGAGAGGACCGCAUUGUGUUACAGGGACACCCCCAACUCUACCAUUUGGACAUCUUCCUCCCCUACAUCAUUGUUCCCGAGGAGAGUAGGGCCCAGUUCCACAGAGGAACAAAGGUGAGUAACUAGGAUGAGAGAGAGAGUGAGACAUGCAGAAAUCUUCUCCCUCCUUCCGAACCACACCUGAGUUCUUUAGCUCUUAAGAAGCUUCCCCUUCCUUUGUAAAUGUGUGCCUUUGAAGAAAAGGUCUAAGUUGUUAGUGCCUUUGACAAUGUGAUGAGGUGCUACAGGCCGGUAUCAGAUGACCGGCAUCACCUUUGUCAGCAGUAGACUGAUAACUUAAGAAAGUGGUUGCUCUAGUUCAAAGGAAGCCUUGUUUUGGCUACAUCCCAGGCCGCUUAGCCCGUUCUCUCUUAGUACAUGACCCAGUAGCCUCUGAGGCUGCUUUCCAAGGACACUGGUGGUGUUAGAAGAGCACAAGAGCCCAGGCCAAGUGCAUUGCAGCCUUUGCUAUGGAAAAAUUCCAAAAGUGGAGCUGUUUGUUCUUUUGACCAUCGUGAGAACCACUUUGAAUAAAGGAGGAACAACUCUUUGGAAAGGUAGAAGUGAUACAGGUGUAGGUGUUUGUGAUGGACACUAGAACACCAUAGUCCUUGCCAGGCAACAAUAAUAAUAAUAAUACACACACACACACACACACACACACACACACACACACGGGGAAUGUGUGUCUGGAGAUUUCCUAAGGUAGGCAAAUUUGCAUGGCCCAAACGUUUCCUUUAGGGCUUCCCCAGUUGAAGGGGGCGUAUGACGACAUACAGGGUUGCAACGCUGGCCUUUCCAGCACCCCUAUGAGACUCAGGGGCCCCCUGUGGCCUUGAGCAUGUGAUCUGGCUUCCUUUCUUCAGCCACUUGCAGCUAUGGUCUGCCGGCCUGAUAAUCCAGCUAGUGGCUUCUCCUAGAUUUUCCUGGUCAUUAUCAGGACGCUGUGCAUUCUGCACUAUUUUCAAGUAAUAAUUAAAAAAUUAUUUACCUUCGGUCAUUCCAGAUUCUGUGAUCUGCAUAAGCCAUGCCAAGCUGCGUGCCCUUAAACCACAAAUGGCCGAUGAGCCGGCAGCUUCCUCUUUGCUUGGCAUUGUGUGGUCUGACUCAAUUUAGCUUCUGUACCAUUUACCGUAAAAACCCCUGUGCAGCUUAACCGCAGCAGCAAGGGGGCGCUCUAGCCUCUGAAAUGACCCAUUUUCCUCUCUCCUCCCUUUCCAGGUCCUGACUUUACUGAUGCCCAUCCAGCGCCCCUUACUGUUGCCGUGAGCUCGGAGGAGGAAAAACCAUCCUGGAGGCGGAGGCCCUUCUUUGAGAUACCAGCCGGCGGAGGAAACAGCAGGGUGAAGAAGGGAGGUGCUGGGAGAGAGGCUGGACUUCCUGUCGAAGGAAGGGGGCUAGGUUUUGGUCAGGGGUGGCAACCUCCACAAUGCAGACUCUGCACCUAAAUACGCGCGCGCACACACACACACACACACACACACACACAGCGGAAGAGAAAGAGAGAGCGUGUGUUGUACACGUUGGAUGGGACCCAGGACUUGCCUCCAUCUCUCCUCCCACAAUUUGUGUUCUCAAACUUCCCUUCCACCCGCAACAGCUGCUGUUCUUUUUGGCUUUUCUAUUACCUCCUCUUUUUCGGUCUGUACAUGCGACCUGCUUGCCUCUGUUGACGCCUGCAGUCAGUUCAGCUCCUCUCUCUCUCUGUGUGUUUUGAAUCGGGACGGGCUCUGGGCUUCCAAACCUCCCCUCUUGACCCCGUUAGCAAAAAAUGGAGGACCUGCUCUGAGUCAAAACAUGCUGGGGUGAGAAAGGACAAAUGAAUCCUGUGGCAGAGGGACGGGUUAUAUGUACACUUCGGGCUGCAGGUGGGGGACACUUUUUAAAGCUUUAAAAAACAAAACACAAAAAACCACCUACCACAUCAGGAAAGUGGGUAGGUCAAUAUUUUUCUUCCUGUUGUGUUACGUUUGCACAUGAGAAUGCCGAAGGACCACUCAGAAACAGAAUCCUCCCCUGCCAUCUGAUAUGGUACAGUCCAGCCUGCCCUCUGCCACUGCAUUCUUGCCAGUCCUUGCCUGACUGCAGCUGGCGAUGGUUUGUUUUUUCCUCAUGGCUGCUAUAAGAUGCAGACUUCUCUGGGUCUUUUUAAUGAGGAGCCCAGGGUGCAAGUGGUUUCAUCUUUACUCCCCCCCUUGUUCUGAGCUGCGUAGGUUUUUGAAAGCAUCCUUGGAGAGAGCAAGGCAGCCUUCUCUGGAGAGAAGGUGCGUUCAGUGAUGCUCUAUUGGAGUCCCAGCUUCUAACCAAGGCAAUGUACUCUAAAGUUCAUAGCCUCCCAGUUAACCCAGCCGCCCUCAUAGUUCUGUGCAUGGUUCCGCCUUUUUCAUGGAUCCUGCAGUAGCACCCUUUAUCUAAUUCUGCUGCCACUAGCGCAUCCCCUGUAUUGCAUAAUGCUCAGAAGAAACGAGAUGUCCCCUCUCCUCCUGAGAAGGGUGACCCACAAAUUUAUUUUCCAGAGUUGGUACGUUAUGUCCAAAAUUCUUUGUGGCAUCUCUUCAUCGUCACAACAACUCCCAAUGCAGUUGUGAAAAACUCAUUCUCAGGCGUCUUCUGUUCAAACCAUGUUCAAGUUUCCUGGGGGGAAAUGCCAAGAUUUCUAUCUUUGAGUUGAAAAGAGAAGUCUGAAAUAAGCCACAUAGCUGAAGUGUGUCAGCAUUGUCUCUUCUGAGAACUUUGAGCUAAAUCUUUUAUUUGGUAAGAAGAUGAAGGAUUCCUUAUGAUGCUGUUUUUAAUUUUUGCCCAUCUCUGCAACCUCCCAACAUUUUGGUGUGUGGUUUUUUAAGCUUAAAUCUCCGUAGGUUUUUGAAGCAAGUAAGUGUGAGCCAACAUAACACAGGUUUUUGGUACAGGUGUUGGCAGUGCUUCCUUUGCAUGCUACCUGUCUGCCUUUUCAGUGGAAGGUAUGGUGGUGUUGAGGCGGGGAGAGGCCCCUGCGUCCCCAUACUUAGGGAGACAAGGGAGGGUGGUGCAUCUUCUGUAGGGGGAGAGGAGCAGGGGCUGAGCUAUUUGUACCCUGGAUUGGUUUGGUUUGGCAUCCAUUAAAACAUUUCACGUUUCUGGUUAUUUUACGUGUGG